UUUAAAUUUCUUUUCUCUUUUUUUUUACUUUCUACGUCACUUAGAACUUUAAAAGUAGUGUUCAUGAACAGCGAGAACAUCGUGUAACUCACACACACACACACACACACACACACACACACACACACAGACUCACACACACACACACACACAGACACUAAACCACACAAACAGACACAGAAACACAGUUUCUCUUGCCCCUCCCUCAAUGCCCCACACACACACCGCUCCAUCACAGACUCACACUGUGCUGUUGUCAAACUGCACAAUGAACACACACACACACACACACACACACACACAGACAGAGGAUGGCAGCCGUCUCGCCUCACCGCUGUCCAGCACCUCAGGCCUUCAUCACCGUCCUCUUCGUCCUGUCAGGCGGACCGUUUUCCUCCGUUUCCUGUUUCAAGGUGGCGGAGGGGGCCGUGGCCUCCCUGUCCUGCCAGUACUCGGUGAAGCGCUUCGGGCUGAGUCGCGUCUGCUGGGGUCGCGGCUGUGGAACCUUCUGGUGCAACAACAUCCUGGUGCAGACGGACGAGAACGGCGUCAUCUCCAAGGUGGCGGACCGGUACCGGCUGACAGGGGACGUCCUGGACGGGCAGAUGGACCUGGACAUCCUGAACGUGAGGCGGAGCGACAGCGGGCCGUACUGCUGCAGGGUGGACGUGGACGGGAUCUUCAACGACAAGAAGCUGAUCAUGAACCUGAGAGUGGUGAGAGCUCUGGUCACAACUUCUCCUCCAACAACAACAACGGCGACGACAGUCACGGAGCCGUCGGCCUCCACAGGUGACGUGAACUGGAAAACUCUGCUGUCGACUCAGCUGGACCUCGUGAGGAGGAACUCCACCCUGCCGCGCUCCGACAGCGUCACCGUGGAGGACUCUCUACCUUCUCUCUCCCUUCAGAUCAACGUUCCCGUCCUCUCUCUCUCCCUUGGAGUUUUGUUGAUCUUGACGGGAGUUUUCCUCUUCCUGGCUUUCAGACGUGGAAUUUACAGCAGAGCCUUGAAAAGCGGCUGCUUCUCCUCUGAAGAACCUCCUCACAUCAUAUAUGAGAUCAGGAUGAGACGACCGGUCCAGGAGAACAUCUACAUCCUGGACUAGACACACACACACACACACACACACACAUUGGUUGGUUUGAUUCUGUUCUUUUGUUUGUUGACGUUUCCUUUGAUAAAAACCUGAAAGAAGUUGAAUAAAGAUCAGUCAGAAUACA